AUGCUGCUCCUGAUGGUGGGGAACUUGAUCAUCCUGCCCGUGGGCAUCACCUUCUUCAAGGAUGAGAACACCCCUCCCUGGAUCGUUUUCAACGUGCUCUCGGACACUUUCUUCUUGGCUGACCUGGUGCUGAACUUCCGGACAGGCAUCGUGGUGGAGGACAACACGGAGAUCAUCCUCGACCCCCACACCAUCAAAAUGAAGUACUUGAAGAGCUGGUUCCUGGUCGACUUCAUUUCCUCCAUCCCUGUCGACUACAUCUUCCUCAUCGUCGACCUGGAGACCCAGGUGGAUUCUGACGUCUACAAGACAGCGCGGGCCCUGCGCAUCGUCCGCUUCACCAAGAUCCUGAGCCUCCUGCGCCUGCUGCGCCUCUCGCGCCUCAUCCGCUACAUCCACCAGUGGGAGGAGAUCUUCCACAUGACGUACGACCUGGCCAGCGCCGUGGUGAGGAUCUUCAACCUCAUUGGCAUGAUGCUGCUGCUGUGCCACUGGGAUGGAUGCCUCCAGUUCCUGGUGCCCAUGCUGCAGGACUUCCCUGAGGACUGCUGGGUCUCCAAGAACCACAUGGUGAACGACUCGUGGGGAAAGCAGUACUCGCACGCCCUGUUCAAGGCCAUGAGCCACAUGCUCUGCAUCGGCUACGGGCAGCAGGCGCCCGAGGGCAUGACCGACGUCUGGCUCACCAUGCUCAGCAUGAUCGUGGGGGCCACCUGCUAUGCCAUGUUCAUCGGCCACGCCACCGCCCUCAUCCAGUCCCUGGACUCCUCCCGUCGCCAGUACCAGGAGAAGUACAAGCAAGUGGAGCAGUACAUGUCCUUCCACAAGCUGCCCGGGGACACGCGCCAGCGGAUCCACGAGUACUACGAGCACCGCUACCAGGGCAAGAUGUUUGACGAGGAGAACAUCCUGGGGGAGCUCAGUGAGCCCCUCAAAGAGGAGAUCAUCAACUUCAACUGCCGCAACCUGGUGGCCAACAUGCCCUUGUUUGCCAAUGCCGACCCCAACUUUGUGACUGCCAUGCUGACCAAGCUGCGCUUCGAGGUCUUCCAGCCCGGGGACUUCAUCAUCCGCGAGGGCACCGUGGGCAAGAAGAUGUACUUCAUCCAGCACGGGGUGGUCAGCAUCCUCACCAAGGGCAACAAGGAGACAAAGCUGUCUGAUGGCUCCUACUUCGGGGAGAUCUGCCUGCUGACCCGGGGCAGGCGCACGGCCAGCGUGAGGGCCGACACCUACUGCCGCCUCUACUCCCUGUCCGUGGACAACUUCAACGAGGUGCUGGAGGAGUACCCCAUGAUGCGCAGGGCCUUCGAGACGGUGGCCAUGGACCGCCUGGACCGCAUAGGGAAGAAGAACUCCAUCUUGCUCCGCAAGCGAGCCGAGCACAGCUCGGGGCCCAUGAACACCGAGAUGAUCCAGCAGAUCGUGAAGCACGACCAGGACAUGGCCCACAACAUCCAGGACCUGCAGCAGAUGGCGAUGGGCCGGGAGCUGAGCGGGAAGCCGGUGAUCUGGGAGCCGCUGGUGCACGCGCCCCUGCAGACGGCAGCCGCCACCACCAACGUGGCCAUCGCCCUGACCCACCAGCACAGCCUGCAGGCCCACAUCUUCCUGCCGCCCUCCUCCAUCUCCAGCCCCCUCUCGCCCGAGACCACCCUGCUCACCAAGCCCGUGCGCCGCUCCCAGCCCAGCCUGGGCGGCUCCCGGCCCUCCUCCGUGAGCUCGCCGUCCGGGGCGCAGUCCCACCUCCAGACGCCCGCUGCCGGCUCGCCCUCCUCCCCCAUGGUCCAGUCCCAGGCGCCGCUGGACAGCGGGGCCCAGAGACCAAGCCAUGGGGCGCAGCCCCUGCCACGAGCAGCGCAGAGGGGGGAGAUGCCGGGAGGGCCCAAGCAGCCCCCGGGCGGCCCCCAGCCCCAGCUCUCCAGGUCCCGCGGCGCCUCGGUCUCCACCUCGCUGCUGCAGCAGGCGGCGGGGGCGGCGUCCCCCAGCUCGGAGCAGGCGCUGCCCCCGGGGAGAACGCUCCACUACAGCCUGUCCCGAGCCACCGGCUCCCACAUCUCCCUCCUGAUGCAGCCCCAGCAGCUGGUGAAGCACAGGAGCAUCCAGGGCCUGCCGGUGGGGCGGCUCACCCAGGAUGUCCGGCUGCUCUCCGCCUCCCAGCCCUCCCUUCCCAACAAAGUGGCCCAGCAAGCCGAGGGGAGCUCCUUGAAGCAGGGUAGGAAAUCCGCGGGGAACCUGGCCCGCAGGUCCUCUCCCUCGGUGGCCGGACUCCUCGCCAAGCCGUGUCCGGGGGUCCCGGCCCAGCCCUCACACCCGCAGCAGAUGCCUUCAGGAUCGCUGGCUCAGCCCGCCCGCUCCGCGCCGGGAGCCUCCACCCCGCAGUCCCCGGUCUCCACGUCCAGGCAGGCGGCAGGUCCCUCCCGCAAGGGUUCCGUGGCCUUCAGCCCCGAGGUGGAAACGGGGAAGCCCAAACUCCCGUCCAACAUGUGAGUCCCGGCGGCACCGAGCGCAGGCAGGAGGGACCCGGGCACCCCGGCGGCAGGAGCAGCCGAGCACCAGCCCCGCCGUGCCGCGGGGAAGGUGAGGUGAGAGGCAGCACCCGGGGCCUUGGAAGGGCUGUUUCGGGCACGGGGGCACGGCAGGGGUGGGAAUGGUGCAGGCCCGGAGCUGGCCCAGCUGGGUGAGGAGGGGGCUCUGCUGACUGC